AUGAGUUCUAAUGCUGCUACCUCUCGUACCACCAUCACUCAUACCCACCCUUUGUAUCUUCAUCCUUCCGACUACCCUGGGAUGGUACUUAUUACUACGCCUUUCAAUGGUAGUUGGAGAAGAGGGAUGCUCAUAUCCUUAUCUACCAAACGAAAAUUGGGGUUCAUAAAUGGCACGAUUAUUAAACCUGGGAAAACUGACCCUACUUUUGAAAUUUGGAUUAUGUGUAACGACAUGGUUAUUGCCUGGAUCCGUAAUAGUUUAGAUAAAGAGAUAGUUGAUACUGUUAUGCAUACUGAGACUGCUUCUGAUAGUUGGAAAGAAAUUGAAAAGAGAUAUGGUCAGGCUAGUGGUACUAAGGUUUUCCAAAUUAUGAAGGACAUAUCUUCAAUCUCUCAAGGUUCUUCCAGUAUAGCAUCUUAUUUCAAUAGGAUUAAGAAACUUUGGGAUGAGUUAACUAUUUCCAUUGAAUAUCCUCCUUGCACUUGUCAAUGUAAAGAUGAGUGGGUGAAGCUAGAAGGGGAUCAAAGGGUUCAUCAAUUCUUAGUUGGUUUAAAUGAUUUAUAUGCUGGGAUUAGGAGGAACAUUUUGAUGAUGAAACCUCUCCCAGAUUUAGACGGUGUGUAUUCCGUGUUAAUUCAUGAUGAACAGCAGUCUGACCUUCAGGCAUCUAUUCCUUUUUUUGCAUCUGAAGCUGUAUCCUUCUCUGUUAAUGCCAGAAAUCAUAAAUCCUCCCCUUCAUAUCCACAAAGGGUGAACUUUGAAUCUAGAAAAACCAAUUAUCCCCAGAAACCAAAUUAUUCUCAUAACCAAUCAUACCCUCAGAAACCAAAUUACUCACAGAAUCAAUUCAAUUACUCUCAGAAUCAGGGUCUCUUUUAUUGCAUGGGUAUCCCUUAG